GGUUUAUUCACAACGACAGAGCCACCAUUGGAAGUGUCCCAUUGAUUCCUCUUCACCAAAAAUUCUCACUGACCAAAUUGAAGAAAACAACAUUACCCAUUGCAUCAUUCUUCACUGAAUCGAUUGUAGAAGAUUUUGAUCGAAGAAGAAGGAAAUGGGUUCUUCCGAGAAUCGAGAAAACCCAGAUGAAGUAGUUAACAACACUUUUCAUCAUUCUUCAUCUUCUUCCUCUCGUCAUGAUUGGAAAAAUCGAAUCUUUAUUCCUACCCUUCUUGCAGGGGUUGCCGGUGCUGGAACUGGGUUGUUAUCAAAGCAUCGAAAAAGUCUUGGUCUUGCCAACGUUGCUGCCAGCUAUGCUGCUAAUUUUGCCAUCGUCACCGGUUGCUAUUGCGGGGCACGUGAAUUUGUGACUGCAACUAGGAAAACAGGACCUGAAGAUCUGUGGAGCUCUGCGAUAGCAGGAUUUGGAUCUGGUGCUCUUCUGGGGCGUUUAUAUGGCGGUCAAUUUGGUGCAAUUCGUUAUUCUGUCAUUUUUGCUGUUGUCGGGACAACAGCGGAUUUCACCAUUCUGAAAUUAAAAGACGGUUGGAGAGAUUACAGUAAAACAAUAUAUCAAGACAUUGAGAAUUUAAAGAAGAAUGAAAAUUGGUUAAGAUUACCAGAAUGGUUCCCAAUUAAAGUACUUGACGAGGAAGAACUUGCUGCGAAACGAGCACAGGAAGAGCAGUUCCUUGCGCAGAGGGCAAGGAUUCGAAGCCUAAGGGAUAAAGAAGAUUCUUGAGAAGAUUGGGGUGAGGCAGCUUCCAACACUCUUAACAUUUUGUAUACCCAAUUUCUUAUUUUUUUAGUUUGUAAUAAAUGUCUUCAGCAGAGAUUUUGGAAGAGUUAGAGAUUUAAGAUUUACCUAUUCACUUAGACGCAUGAUUUUGUUCUUCCUUAUGUAGACAUUGUCCAAUGAUUACACAAGAAAAAUUAAAAUGAUUGUUAUGUUUC